AUGUCCGAUAAACGCAUCGGGGUCCUGCUAGUACAAGAAUCACACCUGUCAGCAGAAAGGCUGGCAUCAGUACAAAGUUUGUACGAAAGGAAUCUCACAAUCUUCAGCUCAGCCCACCCCUCGGCUCCAAGCCAAAAGGAAGGAGUUGCGGUGAUUAUAAACAAAAAGUUGGUCAGCUCGGAAGGCGCCACGGCAAAAACAGUCGUCGAAGGGAGAGCGAUACAAGUCUCCCUAAAAUGCAUGGGCGAUGAUAGGAUUCACUUACUUUGCAUAUAUGCACCAACGUCGGAUGGUGUAGAAGAACGGAGGCGUUUUUUCAAUAAAGUACAGUCAUGUAACAACUCAGUUGCGAAACCGGAUUUGAUGGUGGGGGAUUUCAAUAACGUCGAGGACGCGAUUGAUAGACUACCUAUAAACGAAUCGGCGGACAUGUCAGUAGAUGACCUAGACCAGCUGAAACUCUCACUAGGUCUGAUGCUCGUGGACGGCUGGAGGGAGACAAACCCAACGUCCCGGGGAUACACGUUCCACCGCGGGCAAGGAGAAAACGCCACAUUCUCUAGGCUAGACAGGAUAUAUGUCAGAGACCCUGCUUUCCGCCUAGCACGAGAAUGGAAAAUAGCGGAAUCAGGUAUUAAAACGGACCAUUUGAUGGUAGCGGUGCAGCUCACGACAGUGAACGCUCCGAAAGCAGGGCGUGGCCGGCCCAUAUUCCCGCUAUCCCUCAUAAGAGAUAAGAAGCUGGCAGAGGCGAUGAAAAACCGGGGCAUGAAGGCGAUGACGAACCUCGAGUCUUUUGAGACGGGAGCAACACCGAGAUCGGAGAGCGACAACCCUCAGAAAAUACUGUGGAAUCUAAAAAAGGAAUGGUUGGCGAUGGCCAGGGACCGAGAAAAAGAGGUCAUUUCGAAACUCCUGGCAGAAAUUAAGCAGCGGGAAGACGAACUGAAACGUCUACAACAAAUCCCGGAUAUGGAC